AAUCUGAUGGAGGGGGCGGGAUUUCAAGGCUCCUCAAGCCAAGUGCAGGUUUUGGGAGAGAGUCACACAGCAGGGAGAGACAGCGUCGUCUUGACAGUUGAAAUCCCUGACUUGUAACCAUGGCGUCGACUUUCACCAAGAUGUUGAGUGGUCGCAACACAGCUGUGUUGCUGGCCAGCCUUGGCGUUGGCACUGCUGCAACUGGCUACAUGCUGAGUGACAAUGCAGCCUUGUCUGCCAGAGACCGGUCAAAGCUAUACCCACCAAGCGCUGACUUCCCAGAUCUCCGUAAGCACAAUAACUGCAUGGCAAGUGCCCUUACCCCAGCCAUCUAUGCCAAACUGAGGGACAAAAAGACCCCUGGCAACUGGACCCUGGACCAGUGCAUCCAGACUGGAGUGGACAACCCUGGGCAUCCCUUCAUUAAGACCGUUGGCAUGGUAGCAGGGGAUGAGGAAAGCUAUGAGGUGUUUGCUGAUAUUUUUGACCCAAUCAUUUUGGACAGACACAACGGCUACAACCCCAAGACCAUGAAACACCCCACGGACCUGGAUUCCUCCAAGCUCACCAAUGGCGUGUUUGAUGACCGCUAUGUGCUCUCUUCUCGUGUGCGCACCGGGCGCAGUAUCCGCGGCCUCAGCCUUCCCCCCGCGUGUACGCGUGCCGAGCGGCGGGAGGUAGAGCGCGUCGUGGUCACUGCCCUGUCUGGCCUCAAGGGGGACCUUGCCGGCCGCUACUACAGCCUGGGCGACAUGACAGAGGCAGAGCAGCAGAGACUAAUUGACGACCACUUCCUCUUCGACAAACCCGUGUCCCCUUUGCUGACCUGCGCAGGAAUGGCCCGUGACUGGCCUGAUGCCAGGGGUAUCUGGCACAACAACACCAAGACUUUCCUCAUCUGGAUCAAUGAGGAGGACCACACCCGCGUCAUCUCCAUGGAGAAGGGAGGCAACAUGAAGAGAGUGUUCGACAGGUUCUGCAAUGGACUCAAACAGGUGGAGCAUCUUAUCCAGGAGCGUGGCUGGGAGUUCAUGUGGAACAAGCAUCUGGGCUACAUCCUCACCUGCCCCUCCAACCUGGGCACCGGCCUGAGGGCAGGUGUGCACGUCAAACUGCCCAAACUCAGCAAGGACCCCCGCUUUAACAAGAUCCUGGAGAACCUGCGUCUGCAGAAGCGCGGCACCGGUGGCGUGGACACAGCUGCUGUGGGUGACACCUUUGACAUCUCAAACAACGACCGCCUUGGCAUAUCUGAGGUCGAGCUGGUUCAAGCGGUCGUCGAUGGCGUCAACUACCUGAUUGAAUGCGAAAAGCGCCUGGAAAAAGGCCAGGACAUCAAAGUUCCGGCUCCCGUCUCUCAUUUCAAGAAGUGAGGUUACAUUCCCUGAUCCUGAGAGAAAGUGUGGGCUUAGCACAGCCGGGAGACCAAAGCUCUCCUUCUACCACCACUGCACAGAAGGUCUUACAUGUACAAAAAAUAAACCUUUUAAAAGAAUCAA